AUGGGGUUGUCUUUCACCAAGCUUUUCAGCCGGCUCUUUGCCAAGAAAGAGAUGCGAAUACUUAUGGUGGGUCUUGAUGCUGCUGGUAAGACGACUAUACUGUACAAGCUGAAGCUGGGAGAGAUUGUUACAACCAUCCCCACAAUUGUAAAGCUACAUAGAUCAAUUCAAAGAUGUUUAGCUGAGAAGCAUGCACAUUUUCACAUGAUUCGACCUUUGUGGAGACAUUACUUCCAAAACACUCAAGGGCUUAUUUUUGUGGUCGAUAGUAAUGAUCGGGAUCGUGUGGUUGAGGCAAGGGACGAGCUGCACAGGAUGUUGAAUGAGGAUGAGUUAAGGGAGGCUGUGCUCCUUGUAUUUGCAAACAAGCAAGAUCUUCCUAACGCCAUGAAUGCUGCUGAGAUCACUGACAAGCUUGGUCUUCAUUCUCUCCGCCAACGUCACUGGUAUAUCCAGAGCACAUGUGCCACCUCAGGUGAAGGGCUGUACGAGGGGCUGGACUGGCUCUCCAACAACAUUGCUAACAAGAGCACAUGUGCCACCUCAGGUGAAGGGCUGUACGAGGGGCUGGACUGGCUCUCCAACAACAUUGCUAACAAG